AUGAACUCUUUGCUUUUCUUGAUCGUGGCGGCCCUUGGGGUUAGCUAUGCCCUGCCCACUACCUCAGACUGCGACUACAAAUGGAUUUCCCAACCAAUCGACCACUAUGGAAAGUCCAACGGGACCUUUCUGCAGCGUUACAGCAUCGUAGAUGAUUUCUACAAGCCGGGCGGACCCAUCAUGUUUUUCCAGGGUGAAGAGACCUGGGCUCUCGACUGUGUGAACACGACUAUCAUGUACGACUAUGCUAGACAACUCGGGGGAUUGGCUGUGUCUCUAGAGCAUCGCUACUUUGGCCAAAGCCUGCCAUUCGGAGAAAACUCUCAUACCGCGAGUGCUAUGCAAUACCUCACCCUAGACAACGUCAUGGCCGACGCGGUUUCAUUCAUUGAGUUCGUCAAAAAGACCAACCCUGGGGCAUCGCAGAGCAAAGCUAUCGUCGCUAGUGGAUCAUACGGCGGAUUCCUCGCUGGUGCCUUCCGACUAAAUCACCCGGACGCCUUUUUCGCAUCUCUGGCUAGUGCGGGGCCCGUGAAAGCAUUCUCGAACAGUAGUAAUCCAGAAACAUAUAACUGGUGGAAAUGGGUCAACCGAGUUUACCUAGACCGUUCUAAGGAGGCCGCUGACAAGAUCGAAAACGCCUUCAAAGUCUUGCAAUCACGUCUCGCUUCUCCAGAUAUCGCGAGUUUAAAGGAAGAACUCAACCUUUGCUCCACCCCUUCCGUCAAUGACACUCUGGGGAACUCCCUCCUCAUCAGUACUCUGGUUGAGCCUUUUUCAUUCGCCGCCGAGCUCAAUUAUCCUAUUCUUCAGCUAGGCCGUAACCCAAUCCCUUAUCCCCUAGACCAAUUCAUCAAUGCAACCUUGGAAGAACAAGACCCCAUUCAGGUUCUUAACCGGACAUUCUGGCUAUGGUUUGGCGCGCCGGGACCAAGCAACGCUCCUUGCAUGAACUACACAAGUAUCGAGUUCCUGCAAAACGCAGUCCCAGGCAUCGAAAACGCUCCAUUCGAGUACAUCGACUGCACAUACCUUCCGGUGGCUUCAAACAACAUCCCGGAAGGAACCAUUUUCCCUGCCGCUCCUUACUCAUCAGACGCAGUACCCAAAGGCUGUCAACAAAAGUACGGAGUCACAACCAUGACACAGGAAGAAAUCUUCCAGCGCUACAAUCUUUCCCCCGAUAAGAUUCGGAACUCCACGCGAAUUAUCUGGUCGAACGCCGAAUACGACCCCACUUCAGCCGUCAGCGUAGACUACCUACCGCCUUCCGCCGACCCAUGCGCGUCGAGAAUGAUAUUGACUAGCAACAUAGCACACAGAGAGGAUCUCUUCGUACCUAGCCCGACUGACAGCGAGACCCUUACUCAGCUCCGAAAUAAGGAAGUGCAGAUCUUCAAGGAGUGGUUGGCGCUUUGCUGAGG